CCGGAAGCACAACUCCGCGAACCCUCGGUGGUCUUUUGUGCCAGCCUGCGGACUUUUAAACAUACUUUGUCAAAUUUGUUUGUACAUUUCAUGCCAUGUUCUGUGGCUUGUAAACCGAAUUUGUGUGCAAUUUUAAGACUUCCUUUGCGUUUUACUGACGUCAUCCAUCAGAACCAACGCGUUGUUGUUUGUGAGACUUAUCCAUCGAUUUUAUUUAUCACUUUUGGACCGAGUCCGCUUUGCUGUACCAUGAUGCGCCUACCAAAAGGCGUCUCCCCAGCAUCGGGACUUCCGUGCAGCCAGCACAAGAUAAAGCUCCUGGCCGGCGAGUUCUUCAGCACUGGCCUGUCCAGUCCGCCGCUGAGUACGGUACCGGCGGGCUACUUCAGUCAGAUCUGCCCCAACACCGCCGGUGUGGAACAAAGAGCCCACAGCCUCUACUCGACCCCCCACGGACCCGACCAGAAGCCCAUCAGAUCAACCACCGGACGGCUGCCGGCUAAAAGGAAGUUGGAUCUUGAAGACCCUGUGUUCCUCAACGAAUUCCGAACCCCAAAGGGCAAAGGAGGCUUAGCAAGUCCAAGAACACCCAAGUCACCAGGGGAGCGGACGAGGUACGACACUUCGCUGGGCCUGCUGACCAAGAAAUUUGUGGGCCUCAUUGCCGAGUCCCCCGAUGGCGUCCUGGAUCUGAACUGGGCCACAGAGGUGCUGGAAGUCCAAAAGAGGAGGAUAUAUGACAUUACUAAUGUCCUGGAGGGAGUCCAGCUCAUCAGGAAAAAGUCAAAGAACAACAUCCAGUGGCUGGUUGGAGAUGUGUUCGAAGGCGGCGCCAGCGGAGGACAGAAGGCCCGAGCGUUACGGAAGGAGCUUGGAGACCUGGAGCGAGCCGAGCGAUCGCUAGACGAACUCAUUCACUCCAGCAGCACACAGUUGAAACAGCUCACUGAACACAAAGACAGUGAAGAGUUGGGCUACGUAACGUACCAAGACAUACGCUCCAUCGGUACCCUCAGAGAGGAGACAGUCAUCGCUGUCAAGGCCCCUUCCGAGACUAAGCUGGAGGUCCCAGAUACGGCGGGGGGCUCAUUACAGAUCUAUCUGAAGAGUAAGAACGGUCCCAUUGAAGUGUAUCUUUGUCCAGAGGAGGGUCUCGAAGAUCCAAGUCCGGUUAAAAGUUCAGUCACACCAGAAAAGCCCACCGCGACAUCACCGAGCCGAAGCAGCGUGAAAGAAGAGCCCGUUGAAGCAAACGUGUCAACCGUGGCCGCUUCGACCUCCUCUUCCUCGUCUCUGCUGGACGUGGAGCGUCUGCUUGGUUUGCCCCCAAGCUUGCUGCAGAUGACCGAGGACCAGCUACCUGGCGCCUCCUUCCCUGCCGACACCAGUGGAGGUGGCGCCACCCCCUUCGUAAGCUUCUCCCCGCCUCUGGACCACAGCGACUACCUAUGGAGCCUAGAGGACGGCGAGGGUGUGUCCGACUUCUUCGACACGUAUGACCUUAAUGAUCUCUUGUAGAGAUGGCGGAACAUUUGGAAACGAUUACAGUAUGAAGCCAUGAUGGAGCCUGAUUCUCUCUUCGCCCCUGUGCAGCCCCUUCAAAAUAGGUUGUGGAGAUUAGCUGAUUCAUUUGUGGUGGAGUGCUGAAAACAAUCAAAGAGCUUUGAAAAAAAAUGUACAUAUAUUUACACUAUAUGGCCAGGCCUAAUGAUUAGGUUGACAUUCUACUUCGAGCUGGGGAACUAUUCAAUUUUCUGAUGGUUUUCACUUUACAGGUAUGCAUAAUCAGGGUUAAUAAGUGAAAUUUGUUGGAGGCGAUUGAGGUCAUUGAAUGAGGUACAUAUAUUCACCCUGUUAGGCUUUAUGUUCUUUCUGAACUUGCGGUGGACAAGAUUCAAUGAUCGUGCUGGCACAUAUGGUCCAGAGGUUGAAGGUUUACACACUAGUAAAAUUUGUUUCGAGCAAAAGUAUGCUCAAAAAAUGAAAUUAAUUGAUUUAAAUAUUUAGAGACUGAAAUAGAAUUUCAUUUAAUAUGUUAGAUACGAAGCCUCUAAAGGGACAUUGACAGAAAUCAAAUAAAUUUAAACCAUCUGGUGCGCACCAGAAACAGUCUGGUAAACAUUAGCAUAAUAUAACAUUUAAGAUAGCGGACUUUUGCUAUGCAAGUUAGCCAAUUGUUCUUUUGUUGUAUUUAGAUCCUCAUUUAUUUAUUUUAUAUCAUUUUAGGCUAAGCUCAGACGCUAGUUGAGGCCAAAAUUGAAGUAAAUCUCAACUAAAUCCUGUAUUAUCAUUUCUAGCACGUGGAAACGGCUGGUGUGCGAUGCACGCCUGAGUUUAGCUUCUAACAAUAUUAAAAAAUAUAUAAAAAAUAAAUAAUAAUCUUAUAAACAAACAAUUUGCUAA